AUGACGCAGUACCAAGCUAACACGGUUCAGUCACGCUCACUGCGACGUCGCCUCCUCAAGGACAUCGCGGAGAUCGAACAAGAUCCGUAUCCCAACGUCCGCAUUCACUUCCAGGACAACGACAUCACAAGAGCGUGUCUUGUUCUCACUCCGGAAGGACAGAAGCCACUUCACCUCAAGAUCCGCUUCACCGGCCGAUAUCCGCUGGUGGCGCCCGACGUCACAAUCCAAAGCGCAAUCAUCCAUCCAAACGUCUUCAGCGACUAUGUUUGCGCCACCAUGCUGAACACCGAUGAGGGCUGGACGCCAGCGUAUACCCUCAAGGGUAUCGCUAUUCAGCUGCUGAGCUUCUUCUCUAGUGAUUCACUAGAGCAAGACCAUGGUAAUAGCACUAUCAAUCUGGCUUGGUAUCGGCAGCAAGAGGCUCAAACGUUGGGAGAAGAUCGCUUCAAAUGCUCUCUGUGUGGAUUCGGAGAAGACUCGUUACCAGUACCAGCUGCCGAAAUGGAGGUCGACUCACCUGCACCGGAUGUUCUCGCCCCAGCCCCUAGCCAGCAUCAGAGAGGCCCUUCGGGGUUGUUUAGGCUACCAGAUGAGAUCCUUCUCGAGAUCCUCAGCAAUUCCAAGACCGUUGACGUUUUGGCCUUCGCCGACGCCAUUCCCUUCAUCAAGAACACGAUGAACUCGUACGACUUCAUCCGCAUUCGCGAGCUGCAAUGCUUUUGUCUCAAAGAAUCAUUCCUCGACGCCAAGCUUGGUAUUGGUAUCGCCGUGACAGGCGGUAACCGGCCGGUCUUCCGAACAGAGUUUGAUCUGUUGAGUCACGAGGCGUUCUACAAGCACCACAUCCGACGCAGCGUUCAGGGUGUUAAGUUCGAUAUCUGGCUACCUCUACCUCUGAGCCGACGCCACUGGAAUCAAGUUAGAGAUCAUGUGAUGGAGAGCACGCUGGAUAUCCACAGGACUGCGAACAUCACGAACCCUGGAGCUUGCUAUGUGGAUAUCCUGUAUCAUACUAUGAACACCGUUGUCGUUCAGUUCUCAUCAGAUGCGGAGAGCUACAGCGGCCCUGACGCACGCAGCACCUUGAGUCACGCGUCAGAGAAGGCCGUCGACGCGUAUUUCGGUCUCUUCCACCUACUGCUAUGCCUGGCGAUCGAAAACUCUCACAUCACUGACAGCGCCAACAACACGAUCAGACGCUUCAUGGCCGGUCCGCGCAGCAAGGCAAACUUCCCCGAUCUCGGUCACGUUCUCAUAGCGGCUCUCAUCUGCGACGACGGCCUUACCGAAGACCUGACUUAUGAGAUCAUCGAAGAAGCCAUCAUUCGCAACGUCGUCUGGAUGCUUGAUGAGAAGGGUGCUGGUAUGGCCGAGCUGGCAUACCUGGAACCCUCCAAGAUCUCCGAAUACCGUACCAGCAAGACAUACGCUGCCUCUCCCACCUCAUACCGCCUCAUGAUGUUCCUGAAGAUGUUCAGCGCAGCAGCCCGUCCACCCGUUGAGCUUCGCGACUCGUUGUUUGACGCCCAUGGGGCUCCUCCGCCGGGUACCUCAACGCGCAUGGCCGAGGACAUUCGCGAGAUCCAGCAGUUCGACGCCUUUCCGCAGUUCUUGGCCAAGAUGGGUCUCAAGCAUUUGCCUUCUCAGCCUCAGUUCACUUCGUUCCUUCGGCGCACAAUAACCGACAGUGUUGCCGCUGGCUAUUCAAUCAUGCCGCUGAGCCAGAGCCGACUUUACCUCUUGCGACAAGAGGAGGAACGCUACGUGGAGAAGUCGGAAGAUUUGCAUGUCUCGCGGGAUGAUCAUUGGUGGUACGAGAACAACAGUUUCAGAAACCCGUCUUUCUUUCCAAAUCGCGGCGGAGGUGGCGGUAGAUGGGAUCGAGACACGCGUGGUGGUAGGGGCCGUCGGUAUUAG